UUAAGCUUUGAUUAGAAUUAUGGCUCAAGCGAAACUCAAUUCACAAGAGGAAACAAGUAGCACGCUCAAUGACAAAGAAAAAGAAACUGACGAAAAGGAAGCUUCAUCAACUGUAUUAGAAUGUGCAGUCUGUCUUCAACCAUGUAUAUAUCCUGCAAGAUUACCUUGCAAUCAUAUAUAUUGUUACCUAUGCGUCAAAGGAGUUGCAAAUCAAAGUAAAAGAUGUCCUAUGUGUCGUCAAGAGAUUCCUCCUGAUUUUCUCAAUAGGCCACAACUGGUGGAAGUAGAUGAAGCGCAAAAGGAAUCAGAACAUUUUGAGGAAGAGUAUCAAUGGUUUUACGAAGGAAGAAAUGGUUGGUGGCAAUAUGAUCAACGUACGAGUCACGAAUUAGAAACUGCAUAUAAACAAGGCAAACGGAAUUGUGAAUUAUUAAUCGCAGGAUUUCUUUAUAUUGCCGAUUUUGGUUCCAUGCUUCAAUUACGUAGGAAUGAUCCUUCUAGGCGAAGAAAAAUUAAACGAGAUUUAUAUAAUGUACCCAAGAAAGGAGUUGCAGGUUUAAGAUUAAACAGUCAGGAUGAAGAAAUUAUUAGAGAAGUAAGGGGAGCAGAAAGGCCAGCUAGUCCUGCAAGUGAUGAUAUGGGUACGGGAGAUGGUACAAAUACUCCAGUACCUCCAAGUAAUACACCACAAACACCAGCUGGUGGAACAGCAAGUGGUGAUGCUACACCUCUAAAUGACAGAAUGGAACAAAGAAACUCUUUGCAUCAGUGGGCUCGCGUCGCAGUGCAAGUCGAUCUCAUCACAGGAGGAAUAGAUUGCCAAAACUGCAGAAGCAACUAAUGUAAUCUGAAGUACGUGCAUUUUAGCAUGUUCAGAUGUAGAAAGCGUUUCCUUCUUAAGUAAAGUAUGCCGAGAAUUUACA